AGGAACAAAAACAGCUGUUACGGGAUCAGCCUGACCAGCCCCAGAACCCCAAGGUUUUAAGAAUUGCCAUCAUCGGAGCGCCCAACGCUGGGAAGUCCACGCUCUCUAAUCAGCUCUUGGGCAGAAAGGUUUUCCCCGUCUCUAAGAAAGUGCACACGACCCGAUGCAAAGCCCGGGGUAUCAUCACGUACGAGGACACACAACUGAUCAUUCUGGACACACCUGGCCUCACUAGCCCCUUUAAAGCAAAAAGACAUAAAUUAGAUGAAGCCAUGCUGACAGACCCAUGGAACAGCAUGAAACAUGCGGAUUUAGUUCUGGUUUUGGUGGAUGUGUCGGAUCACUGGACGCGAAACUCUCUGAGCAAGGAGGUGCUGAAGUGUCUUUCUCGCUUUCCCCAGAUCCCCAGUGUCCUGGUUUUGAACAAGGUGGAUCGGCUAAAGAAUAAGUUUAUCCUGCUGGAACUAGUAAUGGAGCUAACAGAGGGAAUUGUAAAUGGAAAGAAACUGGAAGCGACAUCUGCAUUUAAGCGUAAUUCCAAUUCUUCAGCAAAAUCUCCUCUUCAAAUCACGCUGGCUUCUCUACCUGAGAAUAGGGCCCCCAAGUCUCACUGCCUGCAGGAAACGGGUCAAGCCCAGGAAGGCCCUAGCUUGGACAACAGCAGUGGUAUGAGGGCUUCCGAGUCCAGUCUUGUCACAGAAGAAGCACAAGGGCCAAAGCGCUAUGGACCCAGAGAUCUAAAAAAUAUGAAAGGCUGGCCGUGCUUCCAGGAGAUCUUCAUGCUGGCAGCUCUCCAUGGGGAGGAGGUGGAUACGCUCAAGCGGUACCUCCUGAUGCAAGCCAAGCCAGGCCCUUGGGAAUUUCACAGCAGGGUCUUGACCAGCCAGUCACCUCAAGAGAUCUGUGAUAAUAUCAUCAGGGAGAAGCUACUGGAGUACCUGCCACUGGAAGUGCCCUACGGUGUGGUUCAGGUGACAGAGGUGUGGGAGGAAGGACCGAGUGGGGAGCUCCUGAUCGCACAGAACCUCUUGGUCCCAAGGAAAUCUCAUAUGAUGAUGUUGAUUGGAAGAGGAGGUACGGUUAUCAGCAGGAUUGCUCAGGAAGCUGGCCAGGACCUGAUGAACGUUUUCCUGUGUGAUGUCCACUUGAAGCUCAAAGUGGAGAUGAAGAGUUGA